AUGAAAGCGCUCAUCUACCGCGCUGUCGGCGACGUGAAGCUCGAAGAGCGUCCGAAGCCAAAGAUUGCUCAGCCUACCGAUGCGAUUGUCAAGCUGACCAAAUCUACGAUCUGCGGAACAGAUUUGCACAUCAGAAAAGGAGAUGUUGCGACAUGUAAGGAGGGAACAAUUCUAGGACACGAGGGAGUGGGAAUUAUCGAUGAGAUUGGCAAUUCCGUACGCGGAUUCAAGAAGGGAGAGCAUGUGUUGAUAUCUGCAAUCUGCUCUUGUGCAAGCUGCGAGUAUUGCCGAAGGGGAAUGUAUUCGCAUUGCACCACUGGAGGUUGGAUCCUAGGAAACACAAUCGACGGCACACAAGCAGAAUACGUCCGCAUCCCACACGCUGACUCCUCCCUUUACCCCAUCCCAGCGGGUGCCGACGAAGCCGCACUCGUCAUGCUUUCCGACAUCUUCCCCACAGGUCUUGAAUGUGGUGUCCUCAAUGGCAAAGUCGAGCCCGGAUCUACAGUUGUGAUUGUUGGUGCAGGGCCUGUUGGACUGGCAGCUAUGAUUACAGCCCAGCUAUACUCCCCAAGUGUGAUUAUCAUGAUUGAUAUGGAUCAUAAUCGACUGAAAGUUGCGCAGACACUGGGGGCAACCCAUACCAUCGAUCCUAGCCAGCCGGAUGCGGUGAGGAAGGUGAAGGCGUUGACGGAUGGGAAGGGUUGUGAUUGUGUGAUUGAGGCGGUCGGAGUUCCUCAAAGCUUUGAACUCUGCCAGGAGUUGGUGGCUACGGGUGGUGUGAUUGCGAAUGUUGGUGUUCAUGGAACGAAAGUGGACCUUCACUUGGAGAAUCUCUGGGGUAAGAACAUUGCAAUCACAACUCGACUAGUUGACACGGUCACAACACCAAUGCUGUUGAAGCUCGCACUCUCGGGAAAGCUGGACCCUUCAAAGCUCAUCACGCACAAGUUUGCUUUCAAGGAUAUGGAGAAAGCGUACAAGACAUUCGGUGCGGCGGCUGAGCACGCGGCUUUGAAGGUUCUUAUUGAAUUCUGA